AUGUUAAAAACCACAGCUAAGGACCAAGCCCGAACCAUAUGUCGAGCCCGGUUCGACUCUGCCUCUCGGGGCGCCCUAGCCUGCGCCAUAGUGGGCUUGACCGCCUUAUACGGGCCCACGCGCCUCAUGGCCCAAAUCAAAUUCCUCCCCUUAUCUUACCUCAUGGUCAUUCUAACACUUUCCAACAGUGCCUCCACACUCGGCCACUCGGUCCGUGGAUUCUGGCACAUUCUUUUCGCCACAAUCCAAGUAGUCCCGAUCGCCGCCCUCGGCCAGUGGCUGGCCGCUCCGGCGGCAGUGGCUCCGCCGCUUGGCGUGGCGGCAGUUGUGGCGGCGGUGGCGGCAUUCUUGGUGGUUCUACCUCGUUCGACCCACGUCACGGCCAAGAGGAUUGCUUUAGCUCAAAUCACGCUAGUUUGCACGGAGCUUGUUGUUGGUACACACGAUACGCGUUAUGGGUUUAUGAACCCUUUGCAUAUAGCGGCAAGUGCCGGUCUAGGGGCAUUUUCGUCUUUAUUGGCUUUGUUGCUGCCCUUACCGGGCUUCGCGCAUUUCAAGGUGAAAAAACUAUGCAAAGUAUACGAGCAAAAUGUGUCCGAGAGAAUGGAUAUAUACCUUAGAGCUCUGAAUUCCGAGGAUCGAGAGACCAAGAUAGAGCUCGUUUUACGAGGGAAGCCGUUAGCUGAAAUCGGAACAAAGCUUCUGCAGAGCAUAAAAAUCUUAGAGGAAGGGAUGGUUUGGGAGAAGCCUUGGAAACUACUACACUCCAAACACGAUUCGUUAAAUAUCGAGCAAAGAUUACAAAGCAUUGAGCUACCAAUCAGAGCAAUGGAGCAUACUCUAAUAAGUUCCUCCUCACUUUCUGUUCAACUAUUAUUAGAUCAACAAAACCUCUCUACUCUCUCACAAGACCUUUCUGCUCAGCUUCACAACAAAUUCCAAAAAAUCCUGCCUUUUCGAGCUUCAAAAGAAUCACAACAAACAACAACAGACGAGUCCACACGAAAUCUAUCUUUAAAACACGUGCCGACUUUCCCUACACCAAACCACGAGCCCUCCUGUUUCUUCUUCUCCUGCAUAGACACAUUGCUCGAAAUCCCAGAUAACGCCACUGAAACAAACGGGCUGCAGAAAACAGAACACCCCAGAGCCCGAAAGCCCAAAUCCCGGGCCCAAAAACUCGAGCCCGCAAUCAAAUACUCGGUAGCCCUAGGCCUCUCAGUCCUACUAGGUGUUAUCCUAGAGAAGGAGAACGCGUGUUGGGCGGGCCUCAUGGUGGCCACCAGCUUCACCGCGGGCCGGCCCGCGGUCUUCACAGCCGCGAAUGCCAGAGGCCAAGGGACUGCUAUUGGGUCUGUAUAUGGGCUGGUGUGCUGCUUUAUUUUUCACCAGCCCGAAAUACGGCUCUUGGCAUUUCUCCCUUGGAUUGUUUUCACGGGCUUCUUGAAACACAGCAAAAUGUACGGGCCUGCAGGUGGAGUCUCUGCAGCUGUAGCUGCAUUGUUUAUAUUGGGCCGGAAGGGCUACGGGCCUCCAAAUGAAUUCGCGAUCGAUCGGCUCACGUCGGUUUUUAUUGGGCUUUUCUGUUUGGUUCUUGUUGAGCUGGCUAUACAGCCAGUCAGAGCAGCCACACUUGCAAGAAGGCAUCUAUUACUAACUUUGGUCUCUUUUCAGGAGCUGUUGAGGGAGAUGGGGUUUUGUUAUGAUGGGGGGAAAAACGGGGUGAACUCGAAAUUCAAGGAAUUUAGAGAGAAGCAGAGGGUUUUGAAGUGUCUUGUUCAAGAUGCAGAAUCAGAGCCUGAUUUUUGGUACUUGCCAUUUCAUGGUUCUUGCUAUAAAAGGGUUGUCGUGUCAUUAUCGAACAUGGCGAAUAUAUUGUUUGUUGCAACGCGUAAUUUGGAAAUGCUUUCGGGGUUAAAGGUGAGUUUGAGAGGGGAUAUGGAGCAGCAGUUGGAUUAUGAGAUGGGAGUAUUGUUGGGAACUGUAGAUUCUUUGCUGGAGAUGCUGUCGCCGAGCAAACGUUCGGAAGAAGUGGAUUGUGAAGAGAUGGAUGGUGAGGUGGUACAAAAUACUGGCUUGAUUAGUGAAGAAGAGAUUAGAAUUGCCAUAGAGGAAGAUUAUGAAGAUAGUGAUAAUGAGGUAGUUGGAGAAAGAAUGGACAUAUAUUUGAAAGGUGUAGUAUUUUGCAUUAGUUGUUUGAGGAAAGAAAUGGAUCAAAUAGAGGUUUGUGUAAAGGAAAUUGUAGGAUGGGGAAUAUAA